GUUGGAGCUAAUUGGCUGAUUUGGUACCACGUGACUGGAGGCCUGUCAACAUGGUGGCACCCAGCGCCGAGGGAGGAGGAGUAGUGGCAGCGGCGGAGUUGUAGGAGUCUGAGCGACAUGGGGGACGGCGACUUCUCGGUCCCUGAAGAUUUUCCUCCACUGAAAAAUGACACGUUCCUCAGAGCAGCAUGGGGAAAGGUGACCGACUAUGUCCCUGUCUGGUGUAUGAGGCAGGCGGGAAGAUAUCUCCCAGAAUUCCGAGAAACUCGAGCAACUCAGGAUUUUUUCACAGCCUGUCGCACUCCAGCAAUCUGCUGUGAGUUAACAUUGCAGCCCCUCAGACGGUUCCCAUUGGAUGCUGCUAUCAUUUUCUCUGACAUUCUGGUGAUACCUCAGGCACUGGGGAUGGAGGUUACCAUGGUUCCUGGCAAAGGUCCAACGUUUCCAGAACCGCUGACGGAGCCUGUGGAUCUUGUCAAGUUGCAGGAGAAUGUGGAUGUUACCCAGGAACUGGCAUACGUGUUCCAGGCUAUAAUGUUGACUCGCUAUGAACUGAAGGGAAAAGUCCCACUUAUCGGCUUCUCGGGCGCCCCGUGGACUUUAAUGGCUUACAUGAUCGAAGGAGGUGGCUCGAAUACAAUGGCUAAAGCAAAACGUUGGCUGUACCAGUACCCGGAGGCCAGUCAUAAGCUGCUGAAAACCCUAACUAAUGUAAUCAUUAAUUAUCUGGUGGGGCAAGUAACAUCAGGUGCUCAGGCAUUGCAGGUGUUUGAAUCUCAUGCUGGGCAUCUUGGAAGUGAGCAGUUCACUGAGUUUUCCCUGGCAUACCUCAGAGAGAUCGCCCACCAAGUGAAGGAAAAACUGAAGGUUUUGGGCCUAGAUCAAGUGCCAAUGAUUGUUUUUGCAAAAGAUGCCCAUUAUGCUUUGGAAGAUCUUUCAAAGUCUGGGUAUGAGGUGGUGGGGUUGGACUGGACUAUUCAACCUAGAGUUGCACGUGAAAGAACAGGAAACAAAGUAACCCUUCAAGGUAACAUGGACCCUUGUGCACUCUAUGCAUCUGAGGAUAAAAUAAGUGAAACGGUGAAGAAGAUGAUUGAAGAAUUUGGUACACAGCGCUACAUCGCAAACUUGGGGCAUGGCAUGUAUCCUGAUAUGGAUCCUGAACACGUGGCUACAUUUGUGAAUGCCGUACAUGCACACUCACGACAGAUAUGCAAGAAUGAAUAAUACUUUCUGUAUAUUGUACUUUGGAAGGGAUUCAACUAAGAUACACAACCCAUGGGAACAAUGUGUUGAACUGGAAGAAUUGCUCUGAUAAUCAAUAGAAGAAUAUUAACCACUGGCUCAACUGAAAAGAAUAGUUUUCAUAUGAAAUAAAAAAACAGAUUUUAUUUCAA